UUUAUUUUAAAUAAUAUACACUUUAUUGUGACAAUGAUUAUAGCAAUUAUACCAUGUACAUUUUGUAAAUUAUAUAUAUCAAUUUAAAAUAAAGAUGGCCAUUGCACACAAAAAAAAACUUAAUCAAAAUAAGAAAAAACUGGUUUGCAGAAACCUACUGAAUGAUUUUAUGAAAUCGAAAAAGGAACAUAAUCUGGAUACAAAAUCCCAUAUACCAGAAUGGAUAGAAGAAACAUCAGCUGCUUGUAGUAGUAUAAAACACAAUGUGAAUAUACAUGGUAUCAAAUGUUUAGCAACUAAUGAACAGACCAUUGAAUUAAAUGGGGUAGAUUAUAUCAUUGAAAUUAACAAUGAAAUAGAAAAAGAAUCAUACUCUCCUUUACCAAAGGACAUUGAUAAUGUUAUAGUUCAGGAUGAAGAUCUAUUGGAUGAUAAAAUUUACCAAGAAGAAGUAAUUUUGUAGACAUGAUUCCAGAUGAGCAAAGUGUUUACAAAACUAAAUCAAGUAACAUAUUUCAAAUGCAUAAUAGUAUGUAAGAUUUGGAUGAAGGUGUAAGUAUUGUAAUGGGCACACCUGAGUCAAACCAUGUUACUGAAGAGUUCAGUAAUAACAUAGAACAUAAGCAGAAAAACGAUACCAGGUAGUAUAGACAGUAUAGAAAGAAAAAGAGAAAUCAUAGAUUAGAGAAUACUACAAAUAAAGGGAAACAGGUCUUGGUUCAAACAUCAGAACAUCUUCCUAACUGUAGAAACAACUGCAAGGCAAGUGUUGAUGAUGAAUUACGUUUACACUUAUUUAAUUUAUAUUGGUCUAUGAACGAUUAUAACAGGCGUAGAGCUUAUUUAUCAAGCUUUAUUACUAGCUCUAACAAGAAGGUUGUUAGGAAAAGAAGAGAUACGCCUGAAAAGCUAGAGAUAAGGUAUUCCAUUAUGCAGUACCAAAAGAUGGAACAAAUAUACCGGUUUGUAAAGGGUGUUUUUUAAAAAUCUUUUGUUGGAAAAAAAGGUUUUUAACAAAUGUUUGUAAUAAUUCCUUAACUUCUCCAGCAAAUAAAUGUUCACCUGACAAGAGAGUAAGUGAUCUACCUAAAAAUAAAAGAUCCAAUAUUGAUAUUAAAAUGGUUACAGAUCAUUUAAAUAAAUUACCAGUUUAUGAGAGUCACUAUUGUAGAAAAGAGACUAACGAAAAGUACCUUCCUCCAUACUUAACACUUCAAAGAGCUUAUGAAGAUUAUAUUAAAACUGUAGAU